AUGAAAACUACGCAUCUGCAGUCCCAGGAUAAGCCGAAGCUUCCAGUGAUAGACAAGAUCUCCUUCCUGCCUUCCGGGAAACUCGCCCUGCCUGGAGCCCCCUCUACCUCUCAAUCCGCCUCCCUUUCAGCUGGUCUUUCUUCUGUGACCAGAGACGACGGAUCUUCAAAUCAAGCGACAGAUGUAUCCGCGGUAGAGACGGACGCGGUAGAAGCAGCGGAGUUUCGGAAGGAGCUGGGUCCGAUGCGGACACUGCUGUACGGGGCGAUCGCAGGGGUGGUUUCGGAGUUCGCUACCUAUCCUCUGGAGGUGGUUCGGCGGCAGAUGCAGAUGAGCGGUAUUGAGGGGUCCGUAGCGGUGGCGGGGAGGCAGGCGGGAGCGAUGCGGGUGCUGAAAGAGGUGGCGCAGAGAGGAGGCUUCCCGGCGCUCUACGCUGGAAUGGUUCCCGGCCUGCUUCAGGUGCUGCCAUCCGCGGCAUUGAGCUACUGGGUAUACGAUUUCCUCAAGCUGCACCUAAAGGUCGACUAG